AUGGGCGGAGUGUGGUAUCCAUGGCGGGAAGAGUCCGCUAUUAGCGGUGGGGAGAGGGCGCCCAUUUGGCUGACGUACGUGCACUUGCACGUGAUUCUCAGCCUUGGAGUCUCAGCGACUUGCAACCUCGAUCCUUCCAACCACAUAACUGCUAUCACCAAUUAUCCUUGUGAUGCCACCAAAUUCCCAACCUCCCUGCAUCACAUGUUACUGAUAAAUAUCAACUAUAAAGGCGUCAAUACAACGAGUACCAGCGGCUCCUGCGGGAGGCCUAAGCUCAACCUAGGUGCUCCCAAUGCGACUCGCUCCGUGAGGAGUGGGCCGACCUCCAGGUCCGUUGCGUGCGGCUGGUGGGGUAACUCGCCGGCAGCCUACCGGCAGUUGUCGAAAACGGCAGCACAGACGCGGAGGGUCGCCAGGAGUCGCCGAGUACUCCAAACCACCAGCGCCCGGGGCGCAUUCGCCGCAAAGCCGCAGGGGCUGCGGCUCGCGCCACCGCCGCCGUCAACAUCGACACCGCCAAAGAAGCUGAAGCUGCUCUCGACGAGGCUGCGCGGGUCCUCAUUGUUCGCGGCCUACUAUUCGAGUCCCGGGGACACGGAAGCCGCCUCCACAAUCGAAAAGGAGCUAUUUUCUUUGCGAGGGUUGUUGAUCAACCUACUGACAGAACCGCAUCAAGGCGAGCACGACUUCAAGUAUGGUUUCACGUGGCUGACACCAUUUGGAAAAUAUGAGGAUGGAACGUUCUAUGUUUCAAUGAUAGAGCGCAAGCUUGGAUUUUAA